AUGAGCUUCCUCUCUCUUCAAGAUGCUUCCUCUCUUCUUCAAAGUACUUCCUCUCUUGAUCAAGGUGCUUCCUCUCUUCAUCAUGCAGCUUCCCUCUUCUUCAAGAUGCUUCCUCUCUUCAUCAAGAUGCUUCCUCUCUUCAUCAAGAUGCUUCCUCUCUUCUCAAGAUGCUUCCUCUCUUCAACAAAGUACUUCCUCUCUUCAUCAAGUGCUUCCUCUCUUCAUCAGAGCUUCCUCUCUUCUUCAAGAUGCUUCCUCUCUUCAACAAAGUGCUUCCUCUCUUCUUCAAGUACUUCCUCUCUUGAUCAAGAUGCUUCCUCUCUUCUUCAAGAUGCUUCCUCUCUUCUUCAAAGUGCUUCCUCUCUUGAUCAAGGUGCUUCCUCUCUUCAUCAUGAGCUUCCUCUCUUCUUCAAGAUGCUUCCUCUCUUCUUCAAAGUACUUCCUCUCUUGAUCAAGGUGCUUCCUCUCUUCAUCAUGCAGCUUCCUCUUCUUCAAGAUGCUUCCUCUCUUCAUCAAGUGCUUCCUCUCUUCUCAAGAUGCUUCCUCUCUUCACAAAGUACUUCCUCUCUUGAUCAAGUGCUUCCUCUCUUCAUCAAUGAGCUUCCUCUCUCUUCAAGAUGCUUCCUCUCUUCACAAAGUGCUUCCUCUCUUCUUCAAAGUACUUCCUCUCUUGAUCAAGAUGCUUCCUCUCUUCUUCAAGAUGCUUCCUCUCUUCUUCAAAGUGCUUCCUCUCUUAUCAAGUGCUUCCUCUCUUCAUCAGCAGCUUCCUCUCUUCUUCAAGAUGCUUCCUCUCUUCUUCAAAGUACUUCCUCUCUUGAUCAAGGUGCUUCCUCUCUUCAUCAUGAGCUUCCUCUCUCUUCAAGAUGCUUCCUCUCUUCAACAAGUGCUUCCUCUCUUCUUCAAAGUACUUCCUCUCUUGAUCAAGGUGCUUCCUCUCUUCUUCAAGAUGCUUCCUCUCUUCAACAAAGUACUUCCUCUCUUCAACAAAGUGCUUCCUCUCUUCUCAAGAUGCUUCCUCUCUUCAACAAAGUACUUCCUCUCUUGAUCAAGUGCUUCCUCUCUUCAACAAAGUGCUUCCUCUCUUCACAAAGUGCUUCCUCUCUUCAACAAAGUACUUCCUCUCUUCUUCAAAGUGCUUCCUCUUCUUCAAAGUGCUUCCUCUCUUCAUCAUGCUUCCUCACUACAUCAUGCAGCUUCCUCUCUUCACAAAGUGCUUCCUCUCUUCUUCAAAGUACUUCCUCUCUUGAUCAAGUGCUUCCUCUCUUCAUCAUGCAGCUUCCUCUUCUUCAAGAUGCUUCCUCUCUUGAUCAAGAUGCUUCCUCUCUUCAUCAAGUGCUUCCUCUCUUCUCAAGAUGCUUCCUCUCUUCAACAAAGUACUUCCUCUCUUGA